AUGAUACUGUGUAGUUGAAGGUAUGAAGAAAUGGCGUGAAGCUGGAUUGGAGGUGGUAGGCUUGAAGAGGUAAAGGCACUGGACAAAAGCAUAAAACAAUAUCACAUGGAAGUGCUAAGAGAGAGAGCAGCAGGUGCAGCUAGAUUGAGAAGGACACAAGAAUUAAAACAGAGUAGAAUUACGAAUUGAUUAAAGCUUGAUCCAUAA